AUGGUAGACACAUCUGAUCUACUUCCAAAGACCCCAAGAUACUUGAAGGUCCCUUUAAUUAUUCUUAACACCAUUCUCUGGUUGUUAGGUAUUGUACUGGUUGCAUGCGGUGGAUACGCACUCUCCAAACUUUCACAUCUGGAUGACAUCAUCAAUGUCUCACUGCCAGCUGGUAUCAUCGUCAUUGGUGUCUUCUUCCUCGUCCUGACAGUCGUCGGAUGUGUGGUUGCCUACAAGGAGAAGCUUGUCGGACUUGUCUUCUACACCGUGUUCAUGCUGAUCCUCUUGGUCUGUUUGAUUGGUGUCGGUGGUGGUGCCUUUAGCUACCGCAAUGACGCCGCUAAGCCAAUCGGCACGGCCUGGGAUAAGGCCACCAACGACGAGCGCAACAUUGCCCAGGAAUUCUUCGACUGCUGCUGCUGGACCGACGCCAACAGCACCUGUGGCUCAAACUGCCAGGUGGUUAAUGAAACCGGUUCCGUCGUCCCAAACCUCAACAAAACAACCUGUAACAUUACCGUCGUCGACUAUGUCCAAAAGAACCUGUACGUCGCUGGUGCUGCUGGUGUCACUGUCGGUGUCAUCGAGUUUAUCUCUAUGUUGUUCGCGCUCUUCUUGAUUGUCAGAAUCUGCAAGAACCCAAGACCAAAGUCAUACGACUAA